GACGCCACUGAGUCGCAAUGUGAACAAAUGAAAAUGAACAAAACCUCACCAUCAUAAAAAAUACACACCCAUAUGUUACAGAGACAGAAGUCGAUAAGGAGUAGAGGGAAGUAGUGAUUGAGUUUCCGCGUACAAGGACGAGUAAAAGAGCUGCCUAGCUGUUGAUAUCAUUCUUUCAUUCAUCUUUCCCAUUAAUUCACACCUUGUUUCACACCAUCUUCACAUAAAUCUCUCUUUCCUUGUCUUUCUUUCGAAUCCGAUCAGAUCAACCCUUUUUAUAAUUUUAUAUAAGAUAGUUUAUAGCGUAAAAAUAUUUGAAGAGACUUGAUUGUUAUGGAUUCGGGGCAACAUCAGUACCACCAUCUUCAUCAUCAGCUCCAGCACCAACAGAUCAGUGAUGCGGGCGGGGAUAGGUUUCCGCAAUGGAGUAUUCAGGAAACCGGAGAUUUCUUGAUGAUUCGAGCCGAGCUGGACCCGAAUUUCAUGGAAACUAAACGGAAUAAGGCUUUGUGGGAAGUGGUGGCAACCAAGAUGAAGGAUAAGGGUUACAAUCGCAGUGCUGAGCAGUGCAAGUGCAAGUGGAAGAAUCUUGUCACUCGAUACAAGGGAUGUGAAACCAUGGAGCCGGAAGGAGUGAAGCAACAGUUUCCAUUUUACAACGAACUACAAACAAUUUUUGCAGCAAGGAUGCAAAGAAUGGUGUGGAAUGAGGCAGAAGGAGGCGGCUUAGGAGGUUCCAAGAAGAAAGCACUUGCUCAAUUAUCAUCAGAUGAUGAGGAUGACAACAUUGAAGAAAGCGACGGAGAUCAAAAAGGAACCACAGCGGGGAAGAAGAAGAAGAGGAAGGCAAACAGGAACACUCCUGGAACUAGUAAUACUGGUGGCGGAAAUGUGAAUAACAGUGUUGACAGCAUCAAGGAGACGUUGCAAGAAUUCUUGAAACAGCAAGCUGAGAUGGAGAUGCGGUGGAUGAAUGGGUACGAGGCGAGGGAAGAGGAGAGGAGAAUACGGGAGAUAGAAUGGAGACAGAGAAUGGAAGCGUUAGAGAACGAGAGGAUAAUGACGGAGAGGAGCUGGAGGGAGAGAGAGGAACAAAGAAGGGUGAGGGAAGAAGGUCGAGCUGAGAAGCGAGAUGCUUUGAUAACUGCACUUCUCAACAAGCUUAGAAGGGAAGAUAAUACUAGAUAGGGAGUUUAAUUAGGUGCUUUAUAUUAUGGAGGAGCAAUGUUUUUCAUUUUAAUCUUGUUAUGUUAGUAGAGUAGAACCAAGGAUUCAUCGAUCAUCUUUCAACUCGAUAUCUUCUCUGGAAUUUCUAGACUCUAGCUGGGAACAAAGGAGAAUUUGUUUAUUUCUA